AUGGCUUCCAGCUUUAAGAAGACAAAUUCUGCCUCUACCAGCCAGAAAAGAAAGGUGGGUCCUAAGCCUGAACUCACUGAAGAUCAGAAGCAAGAAGUUCGAGAAGCGUUUGACCUCUUCGAUGCCAACGGAAGCGGGACCAUCGACGUGAAGGAGCUGAAGGUGGCCAUGAGAGCGUUGGGCUUUGAACCCAGGAAGGAGGAGAUGAAGAAGAUGAUCUCCGAAGUGGACAAAGAAGGCACGGGGAAAAUCAGCUUCAAUGACUUCCUGGCCGUGAUGACUCAGAAGAUGGCCGAGAAAGACACCAAAGAAGAAAUCCUGAAGGCUUUCAGGCUCUUUGAUGAUGAUGAAACUGGGAAGAUCUCUUUCAAAAACCUAAAGCGCGUGGCCAACGAGCUGGGGGAAAACCUCACUGAUGAGGAGCUGCAGGAAAUGAUUGACGAAGCCGACCGCGAUGGAGACGGGGAAGUGAACCAGGAAGAGUUUCUCCGGAUCAUGAAAAAGACCAACCUAUAUUAA